AUGAGCCAUUCCAUCACUACACUCGUCUCUGGGUUCGGAGCGAACCCACAAAUCUACGAGCUGGAUCAAAUCUCCAAUGGUUCCCAGAUCGAGGGGGCACUGGUCCAGCUGGGUUGCCGACCCAGUGUGCCAGCUGUCUUCAUCGGUCAAAAGUUGAUCGGCAGUGAGAAGCAGGUGAUGAACCUCCACCUCCAGAACCGACUUGUUCCAAUGCUCAUGGAAGCUGGUGCCAUGUGGCUUUGA